AUGAGCGCGUCUGUGGCCGUGUACAGGAGUAUUUACACGGAGGACCGCUUCAAACAGGCCUUCGGAUCCGAUGACAACACCAGCAGUGGGAGUCUGAGGCUCCGGGAGAAGCUGGCCGGGAAAUGCAGGUGUUCGAGGCGAGCCUUCCUUCACCUGUUGAGAGACAGAGUGCCUAUUUUCAGCUGGCUGCCCAGAUACAGACUCAAGAAAUGGAUUUUAGGAGACACUAUUGGGGGACUGACUGUUGGUAUUCUUCACAUUCCGCAAGGCAUGGCCUUCGCGUUACUCACAUCAGUGGCACCAAUAUUUGGCCUUUACACCUCCUUCUUCCCUGUGGUCCUCUAUAUGUUCUUUGGCACAGGUCGCCACGUGUCCACAGGUACCUUUGCUGUGGUGAGUCUGAUGACUGGCUCUGUGGUGGAGCAGCUGGUUCCCACUCCACUGGAGAUGAACUCCAGUUCGUCUGAAGCGGCCGACUUUGAGGCCCAGAGGAUCGGGGUUGCCUCCGCUGUAGCGCUCCUCUCAGGGAUUAUUAUGCUCUGUAUGUUUGGUCUUCAGCUGGGCUUCCUCUCCACCUAUCUGUCAGAGCCAAUUGUUAAAGCUUUCACCAGCGCUGCUGCCUUCCAUGUUACCGUCUCACAGCUGCAAAGCAUGCUGGGGCUGCGGCUCCCUCGCCACACUGGGACCUUCUCCCUCUUCAAGACUUUAGCGUCGGUGAUGGAGAACCUGCCUCACACCAACAUGGCGGAGCUGCUCAUCUCCUUAGUAUGUUUGGCUGUUCUGGUGCCAGUUAAGGAGAUCAACACGCGUUUCCGGCAGCGCCUGCGUACACCUAUUCCUGUGGAGAUCCUCACGGUGAUUAUUGCUACAGGUGUGGCCUACGCCUCGUCGCUGGACUCUACUUACAACAUUGAGAUAGUUGGCCACAUCCCAGCUGGAUUCCCAAAGCCACGGAUGCCUGCCUUGCACACUUUCCCUGACAUUGCUGGAGACACACUAGCCAUAACGUUUGUCGGUUACGCAGUGUCCGUCUCACUGGCGAUGAUCUAUGCUGAUAAACAUGGAUAUUCCAUACAUCCUAACCAGGAGCUCCUGGCUCACGGUAUCUCCAACACAGUGUCCUCUUUUUUCACCUGCUUCCCCAGCUCAGCCACUCUGGCCACCACUAAUAUACUCGAGAGUGCUGGAGGAUUCACACAGCUCUCCGGCUUGUUCACAAGUCUGGUUGUUCUGAUUGUCCUGCUGCUGAUCGGACCGCUGUUCUACUUCCUACCAAAGGCAGUCUUGGCAUGCAUCAACGUCACCAGCCUCAGGCAGAUGUUCCUGCAGUUCCAGGAUUUACCUGAACUGUGGAGAAUCAGCAAGAUUGACUUUAUGGUUUGGAUGGUGACCUGGCUCUCUGUAGUGGUGCUCAAUGUGGAUCUGGGCCUCGCUAUUGGAGUGGUUUUCUCCAUGAUGACCGUCAUCUGCCGCACACAAAGGGCUGGUUGUUCAGUACUUGGUCGGGCCAGCAACACAGAAAUUUACAGACCUCUGGAGAACCACAGCAAGUGCUACGAGGUACCCGGAGUGAAGAUCCUGACUUACAACGGGCCGAUUUACUACGGCAACCGCAGCUUCUUCAGGGAGGAGAUGAGCCGGCUGCUGGGCCUGACGCCAGAGAAGAUCCGCAGCCGGGAGAAGGCUAAGAAAGCCCUGGAGAAAAGGGAAAGAGAGGCCGCCGUCAACACUGUGGAAAGAGGCAUUGCAAACACAUCGUUUUCUUCAGAUCAUGAGUUCUUUAAAUCUGAGACAUCUGAGAGUGAUGUUCAGGCCGUGUUAAUCGAUUGCAGCAGUGUGACAUUUGUCGAUGUGGCUGGAGCAAGACUCUUUACACAGAUGUGCACUGAAUGCGAGAAAGUUGGAGUUCAUGUAUAUUUGUCAAACUGCAAUGAGAGCGUCUUAAAGAUCCUAACAUCGAGUGGUCUAAUGACCUACAUGAACCCUCAACAUAUAUUUGUUACUGUUCAUGAUGCAGUGAUGUAUAUUCAACAGCAGCAGGAAAAACCUCCGGAGAACACAACGACUGUUUGGGUGUGAGCCAGGAGGACAGUGAUGAGUCACGCUCCCAUCAACCAAGUGUCUUGGACUACAAAGGCAGAGGGCAAAAGGACUUUUACAUUAUAAGAGACUAUAAGUCUCUCAGCUGUAUAGCAGUGCUCCAGCAUUUGGUCCAGACUUCACUAUAUACCAGUGUUUCGAAGAAGCAGUAGCCUGUUGUAGCGCCAUGUAAUGAAUUACAAUAAUUAUUACAUCACAGUGUUACCAGUUUUCUCACAGAAACUGGACUCACUACUGGCACACUUUAAUCUGAUAUCACAAAUUGAGAGGGAUUUAAAUGAACAGACAAUCUCCUCAUAUUUAGCGUAAAACAAGAAAGAAAACAAAUAUGUAUUUUUUGACUUUGGACUAUAAAACUGUAUAUGACAGAUGUUAAUUGUUCUGUCUUUUAUUGUCUUAUAUGCUGGAAUAUAGUGAUAUUUAUUUAGUUUCUGUUGCAAUACAGAUACAUAUAAAGUGCACUGAAUAGUUUGUUAAAUACUUUAUGUAUUUAUAUGUUUUGAAAUAUGUGCUUGAAUAUGCAACUAUGUACAGUAUAAAUGCCAACUCAUACUGCCUUAAAAUGUUCUGUCUUUUAACUCCAGAGAGACUGCACAAAAUAUUGUAUGAAUGACUUUUGUAUUUGUCAGCAACUGUGCCAUCCAGUGGAUGUUUUUGACAAUAAAUAUAUCUCCAAAAACAAAA